AUGGCUCCAGGCCAGCUUCUGCCACCACAUGGUAAACAACUGGGUCGCCUGGAUUCUGCUGAUUUAAAACAAGUUGUACAGAAGGGAGUAGUUCUGUACAGUCGUGACAACAAAGAGUUGGACCUUCUCCUGUUCUGGGAAGUGUGUGACUUUGUGGCCAGGGUGGAUCGAGUACUGAGCCGACCUGGUGGCUCCCUGCUUUUGGCAGGGCGGAGUGGAGUGGGCCGACACACAGCCACAUGCCUGGUGUCACACAUGCAUGGAUACACACUGUUCACACCCAAAAUCUCCCGUGGUUAUACUCUUAAGCAUUUCAGCAACGAUCUGAAGACGGUGAUGCAGCUGGCAGGUUUGGACGGCCAACAGGUGGUUUUACUUUUGGAGGAUUAUCAGUUUGUCCACCCAGCUUUCUUAGAGAUGGUGAACAGCUUGCUGUCAUCAGGUGAAGUUCCAGGUCUGUACAGCCCAGAGGAACUAGAACCUUUACUCUCAUCAUUGAAAGAUGCUGCUUCCCAGGAUGGAUUCACAAGGCCACUCUAUGAUUACUUCUCGUACAGAAUCCAACAGAACCUCCACAUUGUUUUGAUCAUGGAUUGCUCAAAUUCUAACUUCACUAUCAACUGUGAAAGCAACCCAGCUUUCUACCGCAAGUGUUCUGUCCAGUGGAUGGAAGGAUGGUCAGACAACAGCAUGAAAAAGAUUCCUGAGCUACUGCUGACAAAAAUGGAAGGAGAGGAGAGUGAAAAAGAAAAGGCCACUAAUCGAAAAAGUUCAGGGUCUGAGCUUGGAGACCUUGGCCGUUUGUUCCUAACAGUCCAUGAGUCAUGUAGGGAACAUGGUGCGACACCAAGCCAGUACUUGGCCUUUCUGCACGUCUACACUGCAUUACAUAGCCGAAAGCAAAACCAGCUUACUACAAGACAGCAACAUCUACAGGCCGGUGUGUCGAAGCUGAAUGAAGCUAAAGCUUUGGUUGAUGAUUUGAAGAGGCGUGCUGCUGAGCAGAGUGCACUGCUGAAAACUAAACAACAGGAGGCAGAUGCUGCCCUGCAGGAAAUCACCAUCUCCAUGCAGAAUGCCAGUGACCAAAAGACAGAAAUGGAAAAAAUAAAAGAAAAAAUGGCUCAGGAGAUGUCCAAAAUUGAAGAGCGAAAAGCCCAAAUUGAUGACGAGUUGAAAGAAGUGCAGCCAUUGGUGGAUGAAGCAAAGCGGGCAGUUGGAAACAUCAAGCCUGAAGCUCUGUCUGAGAUCCGCUCCCUCCGGAUGCCCCCUGAUGUCAUCAGAGACAUCCUGGAGGGGGUACUGAGACUGAUGGGCAUCUUCGAUACCACCUGGGUCAGCAUGAAGAGCUUUCUGGCUAAACGUGGUGUGAGGGAGGACAUAGCCACAUUUGAAGCCAGAAACAUCACUCCUGAGAUUCGCCAAAGUGUGGAAGAGCUGCUCAACAGAAACAAAGCCUCAUUUGACCCCAAGAAUGCAAAGCGUGCAAGUGCUGCAGCUGCUCCUCUGGCUGCCUGGGUCAAAGCCAAUGUCCAGUACUCCUUUGUCCUUGAGAGAAUUGAGCCUCUGGAAAGAGAGCAAGCUGGACUACUGGAGAAUCUCAGAAAAACAGAGAGCAGGAAGAAUAAAUUAGAAGAGCAGCUCAACAGUGUUGGUGCCAAAGUCAACAAGCUGAAAGAGAAGUUUCAGUCCCAUACUGCAGAGGCUGCUAAGUUGGAGGUCGAGGUGACUAAAGCUCAGGACACAAUCACUGCAGCGCAGCAGCUUAUAUCACAACUGGACGGAGAACACACACGUUGGAAUGCACAGAUGUAUGAGAUAAAGAGUGAGUUGGAUACGCUCCCCAUCAGAGCUUUGCUUGCCGCAGCCUUCAUCACCUAUCUGUCCGCUGCUUCUGAAGACCGCCGAAGACACUGUCUGGAGAUUUGGAUGGCUCAAUCUGGACUUCAGAGUAAUACACUUUAA